AUGAUUGCAGAUUAUGUUGUUCGGACAAUUUCCUCAUUAGGAAUCGCCGGGCUUUUAUAUGUGCUGGGCGUUUGUGCAUAUCGAAUAUGGUUUCACCCUCUAUCAAAAUACCCUGGACCAGUGCUGGCAAAGCUCAGCAAUCUUUACAGUGCCUACUAUGCAUGGACUGGCGACAUCCACAUUGACAUGUGGAGAUGUCACCAGAAAUAUGGAGACUUUGUUCGCUAUGCUCCAAACCGCCUGCUGGUCAACACCCCGAGUGGGAUGAAAGAGAUCUACGGGCAUAGUAAGAGCUUCCAGAAGUCAACGGCGUACCAUAUCAUGGUCCAUCGGGCCCCGAGCACGUUCACAGCGACGGACCGGAGGCUUCACGCGCAAAAGCGACGAACUCUCAGCCAGGGAUUCUCUGCGACAGCAAUCCAGGGCUUUGAGGAAAGGAUUCUGGAGCGAGUCAAAGCUCUGGCGGACCAAAUGGCGCCGAAAGGGCUCACGGCAUCGAAGACGGUCAACGAAUGGUCGCCUGUGCACGAUAUGUCCAAGUGGGCAAGUUAUCUUGCCAUAGAUGUCAUACUGGGCAUAAUCUUCGGAAAGAACGUGGAUCUGGUCGAGUCGCCGGACUACAGAUUCGUCACGAAGUGCAUAGAAGACUGCAACAUUCGUACUGGGGUUUUAUUUCAGGCUCGGGAGCUGACGACUCGUCGAUUCGACCGGUGGUUGUUCAAGGGCUCAAUCAGCUCUCGUAACAGAUUCAUCCCUUUCAUCAGCGGUCUGCUGAAGGCUCGGAUGCAGUCCUCGGCAGCGAAACAGAACGACAUCUUCUCUAUCCUGCUUGAUCCCAAGGGCGCAGGGGGUGAUGAGGGAAGCCAGCCGAGCGUGUCCGAGUUGGGAGGCGAGUGCACCACCUUGUUGAUGGCAGGCUCCGAAACCACCUCGACAGCCAUCUCAGCAACCUUGUUCUACAUGAUGAGGAAUCCCGAAACCUACGAGAAGGCAGUUCGUGAAGUCAGAGAGCAGUUCUCACAUUCCGAAUCCAACGUCCGUCUAGGCGCUGCACUCAACUCAUGCACAUACCUCCGCGCAUGUCUGGACGAAAGCCUGCGGCUGUCACCGCCAGCCGCCAGCGCGCAGUGGCGAGGCGUCGUCGCCGAUGCCAUCGUUGACGGGCGCCCGGUACCGGCUGGCUGCGACGUGGGCACGUCUCUUUAUGCCAUCCAGCGCCAUCCAGCCUAUUUCGACCAAUCCUCUGUCUUUCGGCCGGAGCGGUGGACCGAGAGUAAUGAUGCCUCAGCCUCUGAGCGAGCUCAGAGUGCCUUCUCCCCAUUCCUUCUAGGGCCUAGGAGCUGCGUUGCUAAACCGCUGGCGGUUGCGGAGGCAAUGUUGACUCUGGCGACUUUGUUAUGCCGCUUCGACCUGAAACUAGCUGAAGGGCCGGACGGCGAGGUCGGCUGUGGCGGACGAGAUGGUGCAGUGUAUGGAAGGCGGAACAAGGACGAGUAUCAGCUUUGGGAACAUGUUGCCGCGGUCAAAUACGGUCCCCUGAUUCGAUUUAGGGAACGUCAAUAA